AUGAAAGUACCCAAGCAGGUGGUUUUUGAAAUAACCAAAGGGUUCAGGGGGAGGAGUAAAAAGUGUCUCAAAAUCGCUGCAAUACGUGCUCAAAGGGCACUCUUGCAUAGUUAUAGAAUACGUAAAACCAGGCAUAUUAGAUAUCGAGUGCAUUGGAUUGCUGGAAUUAAUAGGGCUAGUAGGGAAUGGAAAUUUUGCUAUUCAAAGUUCAUUGGCACAUUGUUGCGCACUAAUAUUUGGUUGGACCGCAAGUCUCUCUAUAACCUAGCAAUUACGGAGCCUAUGAGUUUUAAGGCGCUAGUAGAUGAAUCUAAACAUUUGUACUAUUUCAAUCGUCAUAAGAUUAGGGAUAUAUCACAAUAUUAA